AUGGUUUUUGUGACUAAAAAGAUCGAGGAGGUUAUGCAGCAGAAGGCGCCAAAGGUGCCUAGCGACGUAAAACUUCAACAAACACAGAGCUCGUCAAUAAUCCGCAAAGGUUUAGCGGCGAAUUUCUUUAAAGCAACCUUUAGCUCGCGUAGCAAGGCGGUACCAGCCGCCAGUUCUUACACAGUUCAAGAAACCAACAAAAUAGGUAGCGCGGAGACAAAACCUGUAACUAGAAACCGACCUAGAUCAGUGCAGGCGGAACCUAAAAUAAAGACACGAAAUAGCGAAAAGACUUUAAGCCUUCAAACUGAUAGCCCUUUGGAACCAAAGAGACCAUUGAGAAAUAAACCUCAUACCCCAGAUCCUGGAGGGCCGAAAGUCACUGAAAAGGUUAAAAAUGACCUAAGUUCUAAUGUUUUGAAAAUAAUCAAAAAAACUCCGGCACCAGUGAAGCCCAAAACACCAGAUUCUAUUUUGCCACCAUCUUUAAAACCAAAACUUCCAGAACACGUUAAUUUAAAACGUGAAAAAUAUGUGAAUAAUAAUAACGUUUGGACGAAUGCUAAUGUAGCGAAAAGUGAAAAAAAGAUUUCGUUUCUUAGUAAUCGAGGACCAAGUCAGGGGAAGCAGGAGUCGACCUUGAAAGGUGCUCCGUCGGUCUCCAGCCUCGAUUCGAAACAUCACAAAGUAGCUCCGGCCAGAGAAAAGACCCUUAAGAUAUUCGGGUCAAAAGAAAAACUUCACAAAGCGCACAAAAAGAAGGAUUUAGGAAAUAACAAUGCUGUGUUAGAAGAUCCUGAAUUAAGGGAAGGUUUGGAGUUUGAGGAUGGGCAGGUCAGGGCACACGACUAUGGCAGCGCAGAGGAGUUGGGGACGGGUUCCGUAGACGAACGAGGAUCCCAGGAGUGUAUCAGCUUACCAGUCACGCUGAACGCUGACCAUAUGCCGGGCUUUCAGGAGGUCGAGUUAAGACCAAGAGUACCAUCUGAGGCAUCGCUUACAUCUGGUGUGCGAGAGCUAGAAUCUCUAAGAAAGGAACUGGAGGCAAGUACGAUGGAGCGAGCGCAGUUGCAAGCCCGCGUGGACGAGUUAUUGGAGCGAGCCAACGAGGCCGACAGACUGCGGACUGAACUCGAACGAUUGAAGAGUCAAGAUACAGAGCGCGAGGCGGCACUGGAGCGGCUGGCGGACGAGAACGGUGCGCUGCGCGCGCGGCUGCGCGGCGUGGCGCACUCGCCGCUGUCCGACAGCGAGAAGCGGCAGCUGCUGCUGGCGCCGGCGCCGCGCCGCAUGCACUCGUCCGCGCCCGCCUCCAUCGCACUAGCUCAUAAUGGCGAAGGUGACAGCGGCGACGCAAGCACGCCGGAGUGGGACAAGCACUCGUCGUCGUCACUCAGCGAGGUGUCCGUCGCGUGUCUGCAGGACCGCAUCCUGCAGAUGGAGGAACACCACUAUAGCACAAGUGAAGAGCUGCAAGCGACGCUGGCCGAACUGGCCGACCUACAGACGCAGCUGGCCGACGCGCACGCCGACAACGAACGACUGGCCGACGAGAAGCAAGUGCUGCUCGAGUCCCUGUGUCGGCAAACUGAGAAACUGGAAGACAGCCGGACUAAAGUCGACACUCUACAAGAGCUGCUAAUGCGGGAGGGCGUGGAGCCCGAGACAGUGGUGUCAGGGGAAACGGACCAACAACAACUAUUCGCUGUAUUAAAAGUAUCUCAAGAAGAGCGACGGAUUCUGUUAAGUAAGCAGGAACAACUUGAGGCCGAGUUGAGAGAAGUAAAGGCAACGCUAGAAGAGAAAACCAAAGAAAAUGAAACAUUGUCUGAGAGGAUUAGGUCGCUGGAGCUGUCGGCGGAGCGGCUGGAGGCGGAGCGCGCGCGCUGCGAGCAGGAGGCGGCGGCGGCGCGCGACGCGGCGGGCGCGCGCCAGCGGCAGGCCGCCACGCUCGGCGACCUGCUCGCCGCCGCCAAGGCGCAGCUGGCGGGCGCGGCGGAGGGCGCGGCGGCGGCGGAGGCGGCGGCCACGGCGGCGGCGCGGCGCGAGGCGGAGGCGGCGGCGGCGCGCGCGCACGCGCUGGCCGAGCGCCUCGCGCACGCGCAGCGCCAGCUUGAGCGCGCGCACACCGACGCGCGCAAGCUGCACGACGACGCGCUCGUAUCUCGAAACAACGCCAAAUCGACGAUCUCAGAAUUAGAAUUUCAGUUGGAACAGUUUCGUCAAGAGAAGGCCGCGCUGCAGGGAGAACUACAAACUUUAAAAGAUAAUUCUUCUGAAUUGCAAAUUCAGCUGCAAGUGGUGACGGACGAGAAGCUGGCGCUGAUGUCGCGCGCGGGCGAGGCGCUGGCGCGCGUGGCCGAGCUCGAGCGCCAGCUGCAGGACGCGCGCGCGCGCCUCGCGCAACUCACCCGCGACCGCGAGCGAGACGAAACGGAAUGGAAACAAUUCCAGAGCGACUUAUUAAUGACAGUCCGCGUCGCGAACGACUUUAAAACCGAAGCGCAAAGAGAACUCGAACGGCUUGUCUCGGAAAAUAAGAUAGCCCGGGACCGCAUUCGACUGUUGGAAGACCAAAUACACUCACACUCUUUAAAAGGUGUUGACAGGCAAGAAUCUAAGGAUAGCGCACAAAAUUGUUCAGAUGGAAAAAGUUUGCCGACAGAUUCUGAAAGUUUCGACUCCAAUAGUGAUAGUUCUUCCAAAGAUAUAUUUAAAAAUAUACGAACCCGUUAUUUGUCUAGAGUUCAUAGUGUUAAUGAAAAUAAGGAUACUAGUCUUGUAGAUCAAGCAUUUUUCAAAUUAAACAGUAAUUCUGUACAAAAAGAUAUUCAUGAUACUGUGAAAGAAUUUAAGCUUGAAAUCGAUAAUGUUACAACAGAUGAAACAAAUGACGAUGAUAGUCAUAAAUCGUCAUUGGACAACACUAAUGACUACUCGAGUAAAAUUUUAGCUGAAGCUGUCCUUCCUCACUUUGAAAAUAAAGCGCUAAAGAGGCAAAACGCCGUAGACUUUUCAUUGCAAAAGCUUAGUCGUCAGGACGCUUUAGAUGAGUUUUCUUAUUUGGACACCGAUAUUAUCCAGAAUGUUUCUAAAUCUGAAUCUAUUUUUAAAAAAUCCAAGAAAAAAACUAUUUAUUCCAAGAAUCUCUCUAAUUUAUUAAAUGGUAAACUUAAGUCGUAUAGUACGGAUAAUCUUAAUGCAAACGGGGAGUUUAAAAAUGCUCUCAAAGAGGCUACUAGUAUAGAAUUCCUAGGUGACACUUAUACUUUUAGUGAAUCUUCUUUAUACAGUGAGGGGUCAGAUAACGUUUUCAUAAGUCGGUUUGAAAAAAAUAACAAUAUAAUUAACCAUAUGAAUAAAGAAAAUAAAAUUAAAAUUAACAAUAUUACUAACCAUGAACAUAAUGAGUCCAAUUCGUCGCUGGAAAUAGAAUCCACAGAAAUACCAGUUAUUAAGGCAGAAUCUAUUCUUCCAUACCCUUAUCCUGAUGAUAUCAGAAAUGAACAAAUUGACUCUGACAACAUAUUUAUCCAGUGUUUGUCAAGUGUCGUGGAUGACCCUGUAGAAAAGGAUCUAAAGAAAGCCAAUGAAGAGAUAAAAUUCAACUUUAAAGCAGCUCUAGAUCGGAUAAGUGGGAAUGAGAAAACGAAAAUAACACAAACUAUACCGAAGGAUGAACUUAGUUUAUCUAAAGUUACAGCUGAGGCAAUCCAGCUCGAAUCAGAUGCUUGUUCAGAUAUUCCAGAUAAUUACAAACCAGUUAAACGUCUCUCGACAUUUAAAGGGGAAUAUGAAUUUAAAAGGCAUAAAGAUAAUAUAAUGGAAUUAAUAAAUAAUAAUGUAGAGCAGGUUGAUGAGGUUAAAAUAGUUUCACACGUUACCAAAAUACCGCAAAAUGAUUUAAUAUCAACCGAUUCGUUACAUUCUAUAGAACAAGUUUCUAUUUUAGAUGGUAAUGAUAACAAGGUAGAUAUAAUAAGUAAAGAAAAUUUAAUUCAAAAUCAGAAUCCUGAAAUUUUAAUGGAAAAAUCCAAAAGCGGAAAUUCAAUGCCAAAUAAUGAUCUAAAACCGUCACACGAAUCGAUAAUAGACGAUAACGUUAGUUAUCGAUUAAAAAUAAAUACCAUCAGUGAUUUUACAUCCCCGAGUUUAUCAACCGUUGCAACGUCAAAUAAUUCACCGAAUCCCGUACACAGUAAAGUUAAUAAUAAGAUGAAUACAAUGUUGACGCCAAUCAAUAUAAUGAAUGCAAAUAUUGAAGGUGGAUCUUCUCCAAUAAUACUAAGUCCUGUCUUAAUACAACCCAUAUUGUUAAAACCUAACAGUGGGCUUAUAGAUGUGGAUAAAAGAAAUCAAAAUAAAAAUUCGACCGUAUACUAUGACGACAUAGAUCAAGUAAUAAAUAAUGAUAUCAGCACUUCUGAACCAAAAAUAGAAUCUGAGAAUAAAAAGAAAGGCAUAUAUCAGAAGUAUAGUAAAAGUAAACCUCCACAACUCCUUCCAUUAAGAAAAGUUGAAUCAAAAGAAAAUGUGAUAGAAUCAAAAGCGACUUCGUCAGUUAGAAGCCCUAGCAAAACUCCAAGCCCAAUAAAACCAAUAGGCAGGUUGUCUAAAAUGCCUCAAUGGUUAAUUGACAAUCAAUAUUACCAACCCCUAGAGAAUGUGCCAUUUGUUAUUAACACGGCGCAGACAUUUGUUAAACAAAACACAGCCACAGAACAAAAUGAUAUAAAAAGAGUGUGUGCAAAUCCAUUUAUAUCUUUUGAUCAACCUUUGAAACAGCCCGAAACUGAAAAUUACUAUGAGGAAAUUGGAGAGCCGAUUGUACCCAACAAACAAAUUAAUAAUAUAGCAGAUGAAGAUAAAAUAUCAAAUAACACAUUUAGGGAAGAUUUUGAAAACGUACCUCGAGAGGAGCUCUUAAAAGUGCCUAGAAAACCAAAAAGGAAGAAAAAACAUGAAGCUCGGUAUAACUUAUCCAGUGAUUGCAAAGCGAUUGCGAAAGAAGUGGCUCAUAUAACCAAAUCUGUUAUAUCAUUGUCUCGGACACCAAGCGCGAAUGAAAUAAUCAGAAAAAGUACUGGAUCCAUCGGGGAUAUUGUUCAAAAUUUGGAGAAAACCCAACAUGAUGGAAGACCAGAAGUAGCUAUAAGGAAAUUUUCGCUUCAAAAUCAAAAAUCUCCCACCACUGAAGUAGAUACAGGCUCUCUACCCAGAUAUGGAAAACAGUAUCAUUGGAAGACGUUAGAACACAAGCGGCUAUCGCAUCCAAUUAGGUCAUUAUACGACUCGUCGACGUCCACACCUCUACAAGAUACACCGACACCGCCGCCGCUGCUAUCCAGCGCUUCCCUACAAGACAUUAUGGCCACUGCGGCCUCGCACAGACGGACUAAAGGUGUAAGCAGACAAGACUCGCGGCUGUCUGUGAAGUCCCUGAUAGAGAGUAUAGAGAACGCAGCGAAAGCAGCAAAGCAGUCCCCGGCAACCACACCCGUUACUGAGUGGCCUCAGGUACAGUCGACGCCUGGCGCGACGAACACAAACAACGUAAAGAACGGUAUGUCGGAGGCGGCGCCGCCCAGCAACGGCCUGGCGCCCGCGCUCAAGCCGCCCGCGCCGCGCUCGCGCGCCUCACCCAUCAGUACAGAGGCGGCCGUGAACCUGCCGGACGAGCAGCGCGCGCUCGCCUCGCUGCAGCAGAAGGCCAUGGAGUCCUUCGUGCGGCGGAACAGCUAUGGGGAUAUAUGUGAAAGAAAAGAUCCCCUAAACGCAUUGCAAGUGAAGAACGGUGGCUCCAAACGCAACGCGCUGCUCAAGUGGUGUCAGCAGAAGACCCUCGGCUACAAUAAUAUUGAUAUCACCAAUUUUAGUUCGUCGUGGAACGACGGCAUGGCGCUGUGCGCGCUGCUGCACUCGUACCUGGGCGAGGCGCGCGUGCCGUACGCGUCGCUGGCGCCGCACGACAAGCGCACCAACUUCUCCGUCGCCUUCGCCGCCGCCGAGGCCGUCGGCGUGCCCACCACCCUGAAUAUACAUGACAUGAUCCAGCAGGAGCGACCGGACUGGCAGCAGGUGAUGGCGUACGUGACCAGUAUUUACAAACAUUUCGAAACG